AACCGACGYUCUGAUCAGCUAACGUCAAAAAUCAAUUGAAACUUGCUGUCAUUCGCCAUAAUGAACGCGAUCAUGAACGUCUCAACAACAGCGAUGGAUGCUCGCUCGAGAAMGUACAUCAUCUCCUUUGUGAUAAUCAACGCGCUAAGCUCACUCGCAGCUUGCGUUUUGAACUUCUUGAUCAUCUUGACUUUUGUGAAGACGCCAUCUUUUCGGACACCUUCGAAUAUUCUURUUCUCACUUUAGCCAUCGCUGACUUUGGUGUUGGUCUUGUAGYGCAACCUACUUUUAUUGCUUAUCUGAUGGAGCUAUUGGGAAAUKUUAAUGAAUUAUCUCUUCUCGAAGAAUCAACUAUAUAUCUAGUACACGAAUGCACCUUUUGGCCAUUGAUAGCUACGUCMUUUGCGACAAUUUAUGCCAUCACYGUUGAUAGGUUUCUUGCCCUUCAGCUACAUCUAAGAUACCAAGAACUCGUUACAACUAAACGAACCUACAUUGUUGUAAUAAUCCAUAUAAUUAUUAGCGCUUUCACAGUUUUUGCCAAUUUUUACCUUAUUGCAAACGUUAUAUUUCUGAUAAUUGGCUGCACACUUUUCCUAUUAAAUGCGAUUUUGAUGGUUAGAAUUUCACGAGUCAUAAAAAAGCACUCGAAACAGAUUCACUCCCAAGGACAAACAAGUCCAGGAAACAUAAACAUGCCUCGAUACAAGAAAUCAGUAAACACGAUGUAUUACAUCAUGGGGACAUUUGUAAUUUGCUACACGCCUAUGACUACGACCGAAAUUAUAUAUGAAACGUUGGAGAGAAAGGCGACGCAAGGGUUUAUUCAGUUAUUAUAUAUAGUGUGUACAACUCUUGGUCUGAUGAACAGUGCUUUCAAUCCAGUCAUCUACUUCUGGAGAAUGCGAGACAUGAGAAAUCACGUUGUGCAGUUUCUUCGAAGAAACAGGUGUCAAAGGGAAGUUACCUGAUAUCGAAUGGCUGCAAUAAUUCAUUKUAAAAGUUACUU